UCUGCUUCCCUCUGCUCGCCUCUGGAUAACCACACGACCUGCAGCAGCCAAUCAGAUCCCUGCUGAGUAUGUUGACAUGGUGACAGAGGUCAGAGGGUUCACUGACCCACAGAAGGAGGAUUAUUUCAGUAAGAGAUACAGAGACAAGAAGCAGGCCAGCAGAAUCAUCUCCCACAUCAAGACAUCACGAAGCCUCCACAUCAUGUGCCACAUCCCAGUCUUCUGCUGGAUCACUGCUACAGUUCUGGAGAAGGUGUUGAAGACCAGAGAGGGAGGAGAGCUGCCCAAGACCCUGACUGAGAUGUACAUCCACUUCCUGGUGGUUCAGUCCAAACUGAACGUUAAAUAUUAUGGGAAAUCUGAGAUAGAACAACAAUGGAGUCCAGAGACCAGGAAGAUGAUUAAGUCUCUGGGAAAACUGGCUUUUGAGCAGCUGCAGAAAGGCAACCUGAUCUUCUAUGAAUCAGACCUGACAGAGUGUGGCAUCGAUAUCAGAGCAGCAUCAGUGUACUCAGGAGUGUUCACACAGAUCUUUAAAGAGGAGAGAGGACUGUACCAGAACAAGGUGUUUUGCUUCGUCCAUCUGAGCCUUCAGGAGUUCCUGGCUGCUCUUCAUGUCCAUCUGACCUUCACCAACUCUGGAGUCAACCUGCUGGCAGAAGAACAAACAACCUCCUGGCGGCCAGAAGUCUCCAGAGUCAAACCUAAAUCAAAUCAUUUCCAUCCGAGUGCUGUGGACAAAGCUUUACAGAGUCCAAAUGGACACCUGGACUUGUUCCUCCGCUUCCUCCUGGGUCUGUCACUGCAGACCAAUCAGACUCUCCUACAAGGUCUGAUGACACAGUCAGAAAGUAGCUCAAAGACCACAAAGGAAACAGUUGAGUACAUCAAGACGAAGAUCAGUGAGAAUCUGUCUGCAGAGAGAAGCAUCAAUCUGUUCCACUGUCUGAAUGAACUGAAUGAUGGUUCUCUAGUGGAGGAGAUCCAACAGUCCCUGAGAUCAGGAAGACUGUCCACAGAUAAACUGUCUCCUGCUCAGUGGUCAGCUCUGGUCUUCAUCUUACUGUCUUCAGAAGAAGAUCUGGACGUGUUUGACCUGAAGAAAUACUCUGCUUCAGAGGAGGCUCUUCUGAGGCUGCUGCCAGUGGUCAAAGCCUCCAACAAAGCUCUGCUGAAAGACUGUAACCUGUCAGAGAGAAGCUGUGAAGCUCUGUCCUCAGUUCUCAGCUCCCAGUCCUCUAGUCUGAGAGAGCUGGACCUGAGUAACAACAACCUGCAGGAUUCAGGAAUGACGCAUCUGUCCUCUGGAUUGGAGAGUCCACACUGCAGAUUGGAAACUCUCAGGUUGAGUUGCUGUACAUUGUCAGAAAAAAGUUGUGAAGCUCUGUCUUCAGUUCUAAGCUCCCAGUCCUCUAGUCUGAGAGAGCUGGACCUGAGUAACAACAACUUGCAGGAUUCAGGAGUGAAGCAUUUGUCCUCUGGAUUGGAGAGUCCACACUGCAGACUGGAAACUCUCAGGCUGAGUGGGUCUAACCUGUCAGAGAGAAGCUGUGAAGCUCUGUCCUCAGUUCUCAGCUCCCAGUCCUCUAGUCUGAGAGAGCUGGACCUGAGUAACAACAACCUGCAGGAUUCAGGAGUGGAGCGGGUGUCUCCUGGACUGAAGAGUCCACACUGCAGACUGGAAACUCUCAGGCUGAGUGGGUCUAACCUGUCAGAGAGAAGCUGUGAAGCUCUGUCCUCAGUUCUCAGCUCCCAGUCCUCUAGUCUGAGAGAGCUGGACCUGAGUAACAACAACCUGCAGGAUUCAGGAGUUGAGCAUAUAUCGUCUGGAAUGAAGAGUCCACACUGCAGACUGGAAACUCUCAGUGUCUCAGGCUGUAUGAUCUCAGAGGAAGGCUGUACUUCUCUGGCCUCAGCUCUGAGCUCCAACCCCUCCCAUCUGAGAGUGCUGGACCUGAGCUACAAUCAUCCAGGAGACUCAGGAGUGAAGCGGCUUUCUGCUUUACUGGAGGAUCCAAACUGCAGACUGGACACUCUCAGGGUGGACCAUGGUGGACCACAGAGACUGAGACCUGGUGUGAGGAAGUAUGUCUGUGAACUGGAACUGGACACAAACACAGUACACAGAGACCUCAAACUGUCUGACAACAACAGGAAGGUGACACAUGUGAAGGAGGAUCAGUCAUAUCCUGAUCAUCCAGACAGAUUUGACUGCUGGUCUCAGCUGCUGUGUAGAGAUGGUCUGACUGGUCGCUGUUACUGGGAGGUCGAGAGGAGAGGAAGGGCUGAGAUAUCAGUGAGUUACAGAGGAAUCAGCAGGAAAGGAGGCAGUAGAGACUGUGGGUUUGGAAGGAAUGAUCAUUCCUGGAGUCUGUUCUGCUCUGAUGAAGAUGGUUACUCUGUCUGGCACAAUAACAGAAGAACAGUCCUCACUUCCUGCUCGGUCUCUAACAGAGUAGCAGUGUAUGUGGACGUUCCUGCUGGCUCUCUGUCCUUCUACACAGUCUCCUCUGACUCACUGAUCCACCUCCACACCUUCAACACCACAUUCACUCAGCCUCUCUAUCCUGGGUUUGGGUUCGGGUCUGGUUCCUCAGUGUCUCUGUGUCCUCUGCAGGACUGAGAGUCUCUCCUGUGGACAGAAACACUGACCGAAGACCAGCUGCUGAAAUCAAAGUUCAGUCUGUUCACCAUCACACACACUCUGCACUGUGAAGCAGAUCUGAUCAGAUCUGUCUCCUCAUGUAAUUUUGCCUCACAAAGUCAUAAUUAAAGUCACGAAGUCAAAGGUAUAACUACUG